GGAAAUGUGAUGUGGUUGUUUUUGGAUGAUAAUGCGGCUUUGUUUUCUGUUUUUUUGAAGGUUUGAGUGUUGCGGUAUAUGUUACUUGACGAGAUGUUUGGGUUCUCGAAAAGGCGAAUGAAACUCGGGAGAUUGAACUCAGCUCAAGGAACUAGAAGUCCUAUGAGGCACCCCAAGCGUUCUAGCAAUUCCAGUGGUGAAGCUGUUCCUCCCAGUAAUAAUGAUUCUGAAGAAAAGAGCUGCCAAUGCUCAUCAGGUGCACCUGAGUUUAACGAUUGUGCUUCAGGUGGCUCAGAAAAUUGGAUGCUUCUUUCUAUAGCUGGAGAGAAACCUACACCUCGCUUCAAUCAUGCAGCAGCUGUUGUUGGGAACAAGAUGGUGGUUGUCGGUGGAGAAACUGGUAGCCGUAUGUUAGAGGAUGUGCAGGUGGCAUACUUGAUACCAGUGGCAUGCGUUCAUUUUCAUUUCAGGUGCUAAAUUUUGAUAGCUUUUCCUGGACAACAGCUUCAUCAAAGCUCUACCUCUCGCCCACCAGUCUUCCUCUAAAGAUCCCAGCAUGCAAGGGUCAUGCUUUGGUUCAAUGGGGUAAAAAGAUUCUUAUGGUUGGAGGGAAAACAGACCCUUCAAGUGAAAAAGUCUCAGUCUGGGCGUUUGACACUGAAACUGAAUGCUGGUCACUUCUGGAAGCAAAGGGAGACGUUCCGGUUGCGCGUAGUGGUCAUACUGUCCUUAGAGCAAGCUCAGUUUUGAUUUUAUUUGGGGGUGAAGACGUAAAGAGGAGGAAGCUAAACGAUCUGCAUAUGUUUGAUCUUAAAUCCUUGACAUGGCUGCCACUUCAUUGCACGGGAACAGGUCCUUCACCAAGAUCAAACCAUGUGUCUGCCCUCUAUGAUGAUAAAUUACUCCUGAUUUUUGGUGGAUCAUCAAAGUCCAGGACGUUAAAUGACUUGUACACGCUUGACUUCGAGACGAUGGCAUGGUCAAGAAUUAAAAUACGUGGAUUCCAUCCUUCACCUAGAGCUGGUUGUUGUGGAGUGCUUUGUGGAACUAAAUGGUAUAUUGCUGGGGGUGGUAGCAGGAAAAGAAGACAUGCUGAGACUUUAAUAUUUGAUGUUCUAAAACUUGAAUGGUCUGUUGCUGUUGCUUCACCAGCUUCUUCUAUCACAACCAACAAGGGAUUCAGCCUCGUCCUUGUGCAGCAUAAGGAAAGGGAUUUUCUUGUGGGUUUUGGUGGUUUCAAGAAAGAUCCAUCAAAUGAGGUUGAGGUACUUAUUAUGGAAAAAAAUGAAUUGUCAAUGGGCCGCAGAUCAAGCUUAAGUAAAGCUGCUGGGAACUUGCUAUCUGGGAAUCGUUUGACAUCCACUGGGCCUGCUUCUCAGCCAGUUAAUGGUACUACUACCUCUCAUGUGGAUUCCAUAGCGAGACAGAAUCUAGCCUCUGCGGUUGAGCAUCAUGGCUCUGGUAGAAAAUCAUUGUCAGAGUCUUUACUCAUUGAUCCUAGUUCUGUGUCUGGUAAUGUCUCACUUCGCAAGCAAUUUUCCAAUGAUGAAGACGCCAGUGCAAAGAUGACCAAGACCUCAGGAGAUGAAAGUCCUUCACAGGAACAAGGAGCAAAACAACUAGACAUAGGACCCAAAACAAGCAGCAAUGGAGGUAAAAUUAUGUCUGAGGAGAUGUCUACUAUCUCUGAAUCUGGACAUUUGCCUACUCAUUACAGACAAGCAAGUGCAAACUUUUUUCAAGACACUGAUGAUUUUGUCUUCCAAGAAGGUGAUUAUAAAGCUGGAUUGCCAGCUUCAUCAGGUGCUUGUCAGCAGUAUGAAGCAAAACUAUCUUCCUUAAUGAGAAAGAAUGGAAUUCUAGAAGGACAGCUGACAACUGCAUUGGCUGGCCGUGAAGCAGCAGUGAAGAGUAAACAGGACAUGGAGAAAAAGAUGGCUGAUGCUGUAAAGGAGAUGGAGUUGCUUAAAGAAAAGCUAGCUAGUGUCGAAAUGGCCCAGGAAGAGGCUAACAGUUUAUCCAACAUUGUCCACUCUGAUAAUGUCAGGCUUGAGCAUGACGUGGCUUUCCUCAAGGCAGUUAUGGAUGAUACACAGAAGGAACUGCAUACAACAAGAGGAGUCCUUGCUGGAGAAAGGGCAAGAGCUUUCCAGUUGCAGGUUGAAGUUUUCCAUUUAAAACAAAGAUUGCAAUCACUGGAGAAUCGAUCUCCAACACCUCGGAAACCUUUCCACGUUUAGAAUAUAUAGCAUGACAUUUUGUAUAUUAGUUGCGACAAGAUUAUGUACAUAUAUGUUAGACUUGAAUUGUCAUUGACUCGUUUUAGGAAGAAUCAAACACCAACUAUCCAGAUUGCUUAAGCCUGCAAAGUAGUUCACCUGGCAAAGUUCAAAUUUUGUUAGAAUAUCAACUACAAUGUUGUACAUUAGCUGCAAUUUCUAUUGUAUUGUAAUAUUU